CCGUGACUGCUAUCCUUCAAAUAAGGCAGCCGCUUCCCUCAUAACCUCUCUUGUACCAACCACCUGAACAUAGAAGGGGAUUUCAGCACAUAACGAAAGGUUUUAUCUUUCAUACCCUUCAUUUUAUAACUGAUAUCCUUCGUUUGUCGAUACACUCUCUUUUAGAAAAAAAAACCACGACAUUCGUUUUUGUAUAUUUUUAAUCGGCUUACAAUAUGCGUUUCUUUGAAACAGUGACUGCUGCACUCUUCCUUACAGGUGCUUUUGCGGCACCUUUCCGCCAUCCUCAUCAUUUGCAUCACAAGCGUGACGCCCCUGCGGUUACUUCUCAGGUCGUCGCUUAUACCACUGUGGUCGUUGGUGGUUCCUCAAGUGGUAGCCCCAUUUCCUCUUCUUCUACUGUUACCCCUACUAGCUCUAGCGCUCCUACUGGCCCUAGCAGUUCUUCCUCUUCUUACGCUAGUAGCUCUUCUACAACCUCUUCUUCCGCUGCUGCCCCCUCUAGCACUGGUGGCACCUCAAGCUUCACUGACGGUGUUUAUGACUGCUCCAGCUUCCCUUCUGAUCAAGAAGGUAUUGUUGCUCUUGAUUACCUCGGCCUUGGUGGAUAUACUGGUAUUCAAAUCGGAAACGGUGCUGGCUCUUCUUGUACCGAAGGUGCUUACUGCUCUUAUGCUUGCAAGCCCGGUAUGAUGAAGACUCAAUGGCCCUCUGAGCAACCUAGUGAUGGUGAAACCCGUGGUGGUUUGGUCUGCAAAAACGGUAAGCUUCACCGUACAAACACUGAUAAAGAGAACCUUUGUGAACAAGGUCUUGGAUCCGCUUCUGUUGAAAACAAGCUUGGUCAAGGAGUUGCCAUAUGCCAAACCGACUACCCUGGUAGUGAGAACAUGGUAAUUCCCACAUUUGUUGAAGGUGGAAAUAGCUCUCCUUUGACUGUAACUGAUAACAACAGCUACUUCCACUGGCGCGGAAUGGGCACUUCUGCUCAAUUUUAUGUUAACAAGGCUGGUUACUCUGCUGAAAAGGGUUGCCAAUGGGGUACUCAAAAUGACGAUUUUGGUAACUGGGCACCUCUUGUUUUUGGUGCUGGUAUGACUGAUGGAAUUACUUGGUUGUCUAUUUUCCAAAACCCCCUGACCACACAAAAGGCCAACUAUAACGUUAAGAUUGUUGGUGAGAAUGGCUCUAACGUUAGUGGUGACUGUACUUUUGAGAACGGUUCUUUUACUAGCGGCUCUAAUGGUUGCACUGUCGGUGUCACAUCUGGUUCUGCCAAGUUUGUCUUUUACUAAGUUAGUGAAAACGAUUAUGACAAAUCCACACCAUUUUAGAAACUAGAGAAGUGUGCAACAAGCGACGUUGCGCAUGUUUAAUAAUCUGACGUUCUACCAUAAUAAUAUUGUUACUGAUUUAACAAUAUAUAAUAGGCGACUUGUGGAUUGUCGUGCCAACCCAUUUCUAUGUGGAUACAGAAAUGGAAAAAAACUAGACGUUAAGAUGGGUUGAGAUGAGACGUAUUCAAUUUUUACAUUUAAAUAUUGAUUUUUUUAGUAUGAUAACCCAGCUUUUGAAGAAUUGUUAUGAGAAAAAAAAAUCUUUUUACAACAGUUCUUUCUCUCAUUUAUUCACUUUGACCUUUCUUUUUUAUUUCUUUUGAUCUUUUUUUAUUUUUUACCUUCGUUGAUUUCAAAUGCUAUUUAUUUUUUUAUAGUCUGAAAAUGUUAUGAUAUGUUGAUUUUUGCAAUGUCAGUGAAGAGUUCAGUCGUAAGCACGUUAAGACUAUAUCGUGUGCGAAAGAGAACAGGCGACACGGAAAUUGUGUUUAAGGAAGUAUAGGGAAAACAAAUUGAGGGAGGGAAACUGGAGAAGGAUCGGAGAUCAUAGAUAGCGCGGAGGGAUACAUGUGUGAGACAUUGGUUGGUAUGUAACCUCGAUAUAAGAAUGACGA